AACGGAAGCGGCGGGGAAGGGUUGUUUACCCGUUUGUGAAGCUAGUUUAUGAUCUCUGAUUUUUUUUCGAAAAUCUGUGAUAGAAAAGUGAAAAAAUAAGAGUAAGGAAUAUUUUUUUUUAAAUAAUAAUAGAGAGAAAAAAAGUGAAAGAAAAGAGAGAAAAUCAACAUAAAACAAAGAGAAAGAAAAAAAAUAAAAAGAAAAGAAAGACCGGACAUAAGUCAAACCAAAGAAAGACAAAAGCAAGAAAAAGGUACCAAGAUGGCGGCCAUCUGAUCGCCCGCAAGACCCGAUGGUUUCCUUCAAGACUCACAACUCGAGGACCGGCGAGCCCUUGGGAGCCAUGAAGCUGAAGGGCGAGAGGGAGCUGACGAAGGGCCACUCCGUCCACUUCGUCGACAGCCGCGGCCAGGAGCUCCUCUCGGCCUCGACCACGAAGGCCGAGGAGUACCCAGGCGCGAGUGACCUCCUGGACGACGAAGGGGACGAGAGGGACGUCCGUAGGAAGGCGCAGGAAAUCGCCAAGGGACGCGGACGGAGGAGGGGCACGGAGUCCUCGUCGGCGUAUCCUUCCCGGAGUCCCACGAAGGGCAAGAGAAGCCAGUCCCAGCCAGAGGUCCAAGGGGCGUGGGAACAGCCAGACACGCCCGCGGGGGAGUCUGUCGCCGAGGGCCACGAGAAGCUCUUCGUGAGGCGGAGGUCGAUGGAGUCCCCCGAGGGCGAGAAGGACAGGAACAGCGCCGAAUCCUCCAGGAGAGAAGGGUUCGGUUCCGCCAGCUCCCUCGAACAGUCCAUGACCCGCUCCCUGGGUUCCCGCGGCUCCCUGUGCGAUGAGGCCGUCGACGAGUGCGACAACAUCAACGUCGUGGUCAGAUGCCGCCCCGUCAGCGAGAAGGAGAUCAAGCGAGGGGACGAGAACAACCUCAUUUUCCCGGGGGAAGGCCAAGUAUGGGUGAACAUGGACGGCUUGAACGGCCAGGGCUCGCAGAAACCCAAAGUCUUCACCUACAACGUGGUGUUCGAGCCCGAGGCCACGCAGGAGGACAUCUUCGAUCACUCGGGCAUCAAGAGGCUCCUGGACAUGGCUAUUGAGGGGUUCUCUUGCACCACCUUCUGCUAUGGACAGACGGGAUCCGGGAAGACGCACACGCUCACGGGCCCGCCGCACCUGUAUUAUGCCAAACUGCCAGACACAACCUCACCGCGGAAAGGAUCAAACAAACAAACAACGAGACAAGCCCCUUUGUUCGAGAAGGGACCCCACUUGUUCUCCGAAGAACACGGCCUUAUUUUCCGGUCGUUUGUCUACCUGUUCAGCCAACUGCAGAACCGGGAUGACCAGGAAUUCACCCUCACAGCCUCAUACCUCGAGAUCUACAACGAAAAGGUGAUUGACCUGCUGAACAUCGGAACAAACCAGAAGCCGCUCCAAGUCCGCUGGAGUAAGAAGAAGAGAGGUUUUUUCGUCGAGAAUCUGUUCGAGAUCGAGUGCGCGGAGCUAGACGACCUCCUGGCGGUGCUCGAGGAAGGCCUGCGAAAUCGUGCCAUCGCCUCCCACAACAUGAACGAAUACUCCUCUCGAAGCCAUACUAUUCUCUCGGUCAACAUUACGUCUGAGAAAAAGGCCGACGACGGCGUGUACAUCACCCGCAACGGCAAGAUCAACUUCGUGGACCUGGCCGGCUCGGAGAUGACCAAGAAGACCAACUCGGAGGGCAAGACGCUCGAGGAGGCCAACAACAUCAACAAGUCCCUCAUGGUGCUUGGUACGUGCAUCGCUGCCCUGUCGGAUUCCCGGAAGCGCGACGGACACAUUCCUUACCGAGAUUCCAACUUGACGAAACUCCUCGCUGACAGCCUCGCGGGAAGCGGCGUCACGCUCAUGAUCGCCUGUGCGUCGCCAGCAAGAAGCAAUGUCAGUGAAACGAUUAAUACUUUCCGUUAUGCUUCGCGCGCCAAGAGAAUUCGAACCAAGCCACUUAUUAUCAUGGACCCGAAGGAGAAGGUGAUCCUGAGCCUCCAGCGAGAAGUGAGUCUGCUGCGGGAGGAGAACGCGCACCUCAAGAUGCUCCUCGAUCUCGCCGACGUCCAGGAAGGCAACCAAGGAGAGGCCCUUCCGAAGCUAGACCGAGCCAAGAUAGUCAAUGGGAAUGACUCGGCAACAUUGGUGGAGGAAGAUGGCUCGAGAAUGGUAAAUCCACAAACAUCAUCGAGCUUUAUGGACCUGGAAUUUCCCACAAUACCCCCCACAGUAACAUUCAGUAACAUGCCCCAUCAGCAAGAUGCAAUGGCAACCCUUGUGCGUGACCAGGACCUCGUGUGCAAGGAAAAUGAACGUCUUCUGAAGAAAUUGCAAGAACUAUCGAGUGGAACGAGCUCUGAUUCUAAAGACGAAAAGGACAUGACCCCCCGCCCCCCCACGCAGCGAGUCACAACAGCCGGCGAGGUCCUGGACUCGGCGGGAAGGGCGCAUUCGCUGCCCGCGUCGCCCUCCUCGCAGGUGUGGGUCAACCCGCUCAACGACACCAGGAGGAGGGAAUCGCCGGGCACGAGUCGCUCCACACCGGGCACGAGCAGGUCGACGCCGGGCAGCAGAGGGCGCAGCGUGCCCGACGGCAAGGGCUCGCCCAGGAAGGGCAACCGCCUCCCCGACUCCAUCAACAAGGAGCUCGAGAGGAGAAGAAUCGGGAAGAGCAUGAACGACCUCAGCGCCUCCGGCGGCAGCAGCGGCGGCCGGAGCAGCGGCGGCCGGAGGAACAGCUGGGACGGCGAGGACACCUCGGGGCUGCCAGCGGUGAGGCGGCCGCCGGUCAAGAGCAAGAGCAUGUCCCCGGGGCUCAACACCACCAAGAGUGGAACCCGAGUAAAGGGCCGCUCACAGUCGGUGCCGCGCCAGAAGGGCCGAGGAAGGGGCAGUCCAGGAGGACCUCCUAAAACGAGUGACCGCAGGCCCACAGGUAUGCGGUCAUCCUAGGUAGAUGACUUGCUGUGCUUCAGACUGUUGCUGCAGCUGCUGCAUCUGCUGGCCUAUCACUCCUCCCGAGACUUAUCGCCCCCAUCCGAAGUUGAGAUGCUGACCCUCAGUCCGCGGGUUCGCAUUCCUUCCUCGAAAGUCACUUGAUUACCCAGGAUCCUUCUAAGAGUGGGAGAAAGCGCUCUACUGUGGCCAAGUGUGUCACGGUUAUUUUAUUGGUGUCAUGGAUCUAUGUUUGUAUCCUGAGACAAAAAAAAAUAGUAAAAUGAGCAACUCUUAGGGUCUCAUAUCUCAGUUUAUGUGAAAUAUUCACCCUAUAAAUAUGAAGAUGUUAGUGUAGGUGUUGUGCAUAUGGAUCUAGUCAGUUCUUUCAAUGGUGCUGUAGAGAAAUGCAGGUGUGAUGUUUAUAAAUACAAGCAUCUGUAUCAAUACGGUUUUACCAGGAAGAGUACCAUUUACUGUGCAUUAUGUAUAUUUUCUCCCGUCCAAAAGUGAAUUGCACAGGCUCCUGUGGCAGUUUAUUUUCUAACAAAAAUAAUUUGCUGCAGAAGGAACACUAAAAGACAAUACAAGUAUUUAUAGCACAAAUUAUCUGACAAUCUUUAAAAUCAGGGCAAAUUAUAUUGUUUUAGAAAUCAAAUAAGUAAAUGUACUUAUCUUGCACACAUUGUUUCAUGGAUAGUUUAGUCCAUGGGUAUUUGUUCAGUGACAAAAAAAAAAAGAAAAGAAAAAAAAAAUGAUGCAAGAUAGAUAAGCCUUAUUGUUAAUACUUUUUCUGUGAACUUUUGACCAAAGUAGAAGACCAGAAGUCAUGAAAAACUAAUGAAACAUAUAAUUUUCCCCACAUGAUUUUACUUUCCUUGAACUUUGACAUUCUUGCGGCACAUUUAUGCUGCCCUGUGAUAUUGCAAAUACAUUCAUUUAAAGGAAUUCUGUAUUUUGUUUAAAAUAAACAUCAAAAA